GCAUGUGGUGGCAGUCUGUGUCAGGAUUAUUCUGUCAGUAACCAAACGGCCAAUGUUUAGUAGUAGCGUCACACGAAACAUAAAAAAUGAAGAUAACGGGGCAUUCCAACAGCGUUUUACGUCUUAAUAUAUAUUUCUCCUUUUUAAGAGGAUAUUGAAUUUAUAACAUUAUUGUCACUUAUUAUUAAAAUGUAUUGUUGCAGAAAGUUCACUUAUAUGGAGUAAAUCUGAUAGAGCUCGUGACAAUCAGCCAAAUCAGCUGUGGUCAGCAGAAAGUCGCACGGGACCAUUGCUUCGAUACUUUAAUUCUUCGUUGAUUUUCUUUCCUUGACAAUAUAUCUUUUUUUUUUAAUAAUUUGUUAAUGACAAUCAGUACGAUUUAAAUUAUAUACAAAAGUGUGGUUAUGGAUUCUGCAUUUUUCCAACACUAAAAUCUAUGGUUUAUCAUGUGGCCAACAAAAUAUAUGGAAUUAAAGAAUAUCGAAGAGUUAUUAACAUGUGGAAUUUGUUAUGAAUACUUGGAUACCAGUGUAGUGACUUUGUGCUCCCACAAUUAUUGUUCUUUUUGUAUUAGAAAAUAUCUGCAUUAUAAGACACAAUGCCCCACUUGUUCUGUGGAAACUUUUGAAAAGGAUUUAAGAAAGAACAACAUUUUGGAUGAAAUUAUUGUCCAAUAUAAGAGUAUGAAGGAAAAACUCAAAAAGGAAUAUCACAAAGAGAUAGAAGCUGUGAAAGAUGAAAACUCUGAAGAUGCAUGUUCAGUGAACGAUUUUGAGUGCAAGAAGGAAAUAGAAUUUUCUGAUGCAAUUUCUAAUGCAAGUGGAAUAUUAAGUAAACUUCCUGAUAGUCCACUGCAAUCCACAGCAAUUAUUUCUACACCUCAUGCACAAAAGGUGCACAAAAGGCAUCAGGAUGUAUCAAGUCCUAGCACUAGCUUAUCAUCUAAAAUACCUUCAAUGUUUACACCAAAGAGUAAGAAGAGUUUUCGAAAUGAGAAUUGUAAGGUAGUUGAGUGCCCAGUAUGCAAAGUGGAUGUGUCUGAAAAUAAUAUAAAUAAACAUUUAGACGAUUGUUUAAAAAGAGAGAGUACAAAGGAUCAACCCAAAAAAGUUGAGUCAAAACGUAAACCAUUGGCAAAAUUAGUAUUAAGUUUGAUGAAAGAUAGUGCAAUGCGGAAAAAAUUAAAAGAAUUUGGGUUAUCAUCUCAAGGAGACAAAAAAAUAUUGAGGAACAGACUACAAAGAUAUAUUGUCCUUUAUAAUGCAGAAUGUGAUAAAGUGCAUCCAAGACCUGUGUCAGAGUUAAUUAAACAGUGUGAAGAAGAAGAAAAUUUGGAAAAGAAUAUUCAAAAACCAUCAAAUAGACUGAAUGUUAAUAGAAAUAUGGAACAAAAUAUUAUAGAACAGCAAAGAGAAAUAUAUUUGAGAGAAAAUAAGGGUAGCUUCGACCAGUUAAUUUCAAAAAUCAAAACUGCUGGUAAUUCGCGAAAAUUGCCCAUUAAACGCAAUAUAUUAAGUGCAGAGAAUUUUGAUAGUGAAGAUUGUAGAGAAACCAAUAUUAUGGUUAAAGAUAGUGAGAAGAAUGAUUUAACGCUCAUGAAUUCGUACAUUGAUGAUUCCGAUUCAAAUACAUAUUGUCCUCUGCAAACGUAUUCCAGCGAGAAUCCUGUGAACUUUCUGUCAGUUGAAUUGUCUUCCUCGUCUGACGAUAACAGCAAUCGAUAUGUUCCUGCUUCUAAACAGAAUACUUCAAACGUUUCUUGUAAUAUUAAUUUAUCUUCAGUUAGUUCCACUAUGAAAACAGAAAAUUUAAGGACUGAAUUGUCUCUUGAAAAGACUUCGAUAUAUAAAGAAAUAGCUACUCAUUUGCCUAACGAUGCAACAAAUGUUUUUCACACGGAAGAGCGUGACAUUUUAGAGAAUAGAGCGGACAUUCAUACCAAAGAAUCACAUCUUGAGCUCACUAAAAUUGGAUCAAAAGGUAGAAAAGAAGCUGAAUUAUUCACUGGAAGAAACAGGGAUAGCGUAAGAUAUAAUCAGAAGAAACAUGACAUACACUUAAACUCUGCAGAUCAGUGGGAAGAAGAACUACGCCAUGAAAUUACGGAUUCAAUUGUAAGAGAUAUCAAACAUGAAACAAAAGAUAUCGAUGAUGCUGUUGAUCAACUCAAUGAAGAAUCAAAGCAACAAUUAAUACAUAAUGUAAGGGAGUAUGUGCCCGAUCGCAAGAAAUUCGAGAAGGAAAAUAUGAAGACUGCGGAUGAAAAAAAUUUUGCAUCCGUGCUGACUCGAUCGCGUGACAAUAUAAAUGUUCUUCGAAAACGGGAGCGAGAUAUGACACUCACAUUAAGUGACGAUGAGAGGAUUGGAGAUAGAUCAAUAAGUGUCAAAAAGUCAGCCAGAUUUGGCCUUAGCGAAACAGUUGGAUUCAAUAAUGGAAAUUUUGGUGAGAAUACAUUGCAGGUUGAGGAGGAAUCGCAGGAGAAAGUACAAUCACGCGCGACUUGUGCAAAGAGUAUAAAUACGAGUUCUGUGAGUAGAUCUACUAGAUUAAGAAGCAAAAUUAAUAGCAAUCGGAAGAAAUAACUAUGGUCAAUUGUACUAAGAAGGCGAAAUAACUGAAUGUUGAAAAAUAAUUUUUACAUAUCUUGUUGAGUGCUAUAGAAUAUAAGGUAUAAGAAUAAGGUAUAAGAAAGACCGGACUUUCUUGUAACGAUUAAUUUAAAAUAGAAAUUUUGAUAUAUUUGACUGUUGUUAUAUAUAGAGAUUCUUCCAAUAUGUGUUCUUUCAAUACAAUGUACCUUCGACACAUGAAAAUGCGAAAAAGAGUAAGUACUUUUAUCUUUCUUGAGUAAAAAUUCACAAUAAAGAUGUGUGUAUUUAUUA